UGUGCAAUAGAAGUGAAACGAAACUUAAACCAGUGGGUAAGAUUUGCUGUAUGUUCUUUUGAGUUUCGAUACAGUGAGGAGCACUUCCUUGAAUCCAAGCUUGAGAAGUACCCCGCUGUCCUCCAAAAUGUUCAAAUAUCAGACUUUUUGCAUCUUGUGGUUGUGGUUAUCUGCCCUGGUCUGCAACGCGUCAAUGCAGUUCAGCAACUUCAAGCGGAGUUCUGUGGUGAAGGAGGGGGACGUAAGACUUACUGGCUCUAAACUUGCCUUUGGGGGCCGGGUGGAGAUCUACCAUGCAGGACAGUGGGGGACGAUAUGCGAUGAUGGAUGGGAUCUGAAUGAAGCCCACGUUGUGUGUCGACAGCUGAAAUUCGCUCGUGCAAAAUCUGUGCUGACUGGAGAAAACUACGACAGAGCAUCUGGGCCAAUAUGGAUGGAUGACAUGGAAUGCAAAGGUACAGAGAGGUACCUACAUGCCUGUACUUUCAAGGGAUGGGGGAUUACUGAUUGCAGCCACAAAGAGGACGUUGGAGUACAAUGUGAUCCAGGAGUUCUGUCAGAUGUACUACUCUUAUCAUCCACCCUUGACCACAGUAUCGCGUUGUCUGAUGAUCUGGGUGAACUCUUCGACAAUGAGAGCUUCUGUGACCUUACAAUCAUCGCUCAAAAUUCAGCUGCACAAGAUCAAGAGGCCGAGACACUGCAAACAACUGAUUCAACAACAUUAUGUGCACACAAAGUGAUGCUCGCACAUGUGCACGCUUUCAAUAUCACCAAAGACACACAAAACAUCACAGUUCAAGUUGUCCCAAACUGCAUACCACAUUUUCCCUCCUUUAUAAGGUACCUGUACACUCGUAAGAUUGAAGUCCCCUUCUCCUCGGUGCAGUGCCUUCACUGGUUGGCCUCUCAGUUUGGGGAGGAGCAACUAAUGAGAGACACAAGUCUUCUGUUCAGCCAAGUAAUUCCUGAUGACAGCACCUUCGAAACACCAGUGUCUCUUCAUGAAUAUGCUCUAGAGACCAACGACUUUGUACUGCAAGAGAACUGUGUCCGGUAUUUGGUCUGGAAUUUCCAGAACUUCACCACGAGUUCAGUUUGGACCCAGAUAUCUGAUGGUCUCCUCAGUGCCCUUUUGCUUCGCUCAGAUCUAGUUGUACCUGAUGAGUUAUUUGUACUUAAAGCUGUGGAAAACUGGAUCUUAAACAAUGUUCAUACCAGUUUGGACACCCAGGUCAAACUGUUAUCUCUAGUGCGAUUUCCCAUGAUCCCUGCUGAACAGCUGACCACUCAAAUGAUGUCAAACUUCUCACUUUAUAGCACCCAUAAGAAUGUCUUUAAUGAUAACAUUCUAAAGGCCCUACAGUUUAAUAUCCAGCUUUUGACCAGUAUAAAGUCUAGAGCGAAGAUGUUCAUUGAUGAUGUUUCUUACCAGCCGCGUAUCUACACCUCCUCCUUGUGGAGCAUGUUUUUUGGUUCCUUUUCAACCCCUCAAAUACGGUCACAUGGUUCAUAUGAUACACGAUAUGAUUCACGAUAUGAUUCACGAUAUGAUUCACGAUAUGGUUAUAAUGAUGGCAGGCGUAGGUCUACCAGUGUACCAUAUCACAGCAGCUCAAUCUUUCUGGAUAGAAGGAUAAACUGGGCUGCAGACAUCUUCAUGAACCAAAAUGAGUGUUCAAAUCGUGGUAUGAGAUGUCCGUCUUUGCCAAUGGCCAGUCUUCAAAGUUAUGAAACCAACUCUCUUCCAGGUGUUGUGUUUUUCAAUAAGCUUCUGCUGGUGUGCCAGGACAAGUAUGUUUUUGAGAUUCAGGACUUCAAGAACAAUAUGGCAGUUAUUUCCAGAAAUGCUACACUGUCUACGACCUACCCGUGUCCAGAUGAUAAGAACACAUUCAUUUUUGUAGUGAGACCCGUGUACAUUUGAUAAAGGGGAAGUUUCAGUGAAGUUCCAAACAUAAUAACUGAGAACUUAAU